UCCCGCUCAUCGCUGAUUGGCUGCUCUCCGUUCCCCUGGAAACGGCAUUACAGACGCCGGUGUGGGCAGCAGAUCGAGGUUUUGCACGAGCCGCUGAUAGACGUCGUUAUGGCCACUCUAAGCAUGAAACCUGGGAGCCGCUUCUCUGUACCAGACUGGCACACCAACAGUGCUCUCAUUUCCACAAAUGCUGAAAGGCAACGUUGGGCUUCUCACCAGAUUCGCCAGGAAGGCAGAAGUCUACGCAAUGAGACCAACAACCAGACUAAAUGGAAUGAGCAUGAUAAUAGUACCCGCCUAGCCAGUCGUAUUGAUGACGUGGACAAGUGGAAACAAGUGCUGGAUAAGUGCCUGGCUGAAGUAGAUGCAGAAAUAGAUGCUUUGACCUUGAUGAAAGAUGAAGCGGAGCGAGCCUUGCAGGCCAAGAAUGUACCAUCAGAUGUAGCAAUAGACUGUCUGACCCUCCGUGAAAGCCGCAGAAGCAUUGACCUGGUAAAAGACCCUGUGGAGGAAGAGUUGCACAAGGAAGUGGAAGUGAUCGAGGGAGUUCGUAAAGCCCUGCAGCAAAAGAUCAGUGAAGCUUUUGAGCAGAUUUGUCUUCUGCAGGAGACACGUCAACAACUAUCCUGGGAUCAGAGAGACAAGGCUGAAACAAUUGAAAUAGAUCAGACAUGCCUCUCACUUACCAAGUAUUCCCCAAACAUUUCACUGAAAGUGGAUCCAACCCGUGUUCCUUAUGGGACAACCAGUCCUUUAGAAUGGGAACAAUUUAGCCGUUACAACAAAGAGAGAGCAGACGCUGAAGUCCGAGCCUCUGCCCAGUUGAGAGAGGCCAUUGCUAUGACUAUUGCACAGACUAAUAAUGAACUGGAAGCUCAGAGACAAGCUGUGGAAUUUGCUUUCAGGAAGAGGAUCCAUGAAUUUGAAAGAGCUCACAAAGAACUCAAAUGGCAAGAGAAAAAUACUAAAGAGGAAAUAGAGGAACUGGAGGAAGACAUAAGACGUUUGGAGAGUGAUCUCAAAGAGAAGAGUGGACCUCUGAAGCUAGCUCAUACACGCCUUGAGAAUCGUACCUAUAGACCCAAUGUGGAUCUUUGUAGGGACCAGGUACAGUAUGGGUUGACAGAUGAGGUCCACCAGCUUGAGGGCACUAUUGCUGCACUAAAGCAGAAAAUGGCUCAAUCACAGGAUGUACUGGAUGCACUCUACAAACAUCUUGCCCGAAUUCAAGCGGAUAUAAAGUUUAAGGAAAACUCCCUAAACCUGGACAACAAAUGUGUUGAUACCCGCCGGAAGCUCACAGUGCCUAUGGAGAAGUAUGUUCCAACCAUGGAUUCUUUCAACCGAACCACCAAUCGUCAACUUUCACCCUUGAAGAGUCAACAGCUGGAACUAGCUUGAGUUUUCAGAGGGGAUUGUCAUUUUACUGAUUUGUCAGUCAUUCAGGCAAUACAAGAAAUGACCAAUAUACCUUGUAAAAUAUAGGGUACCAUAUGAAAACACUAAUUCUCGGUAAAGUAUUCCUGUUUCAGAAAUAUUGCAGGAAAAAUACAUAUCAAUUUAUGUUUGUGUUUAGAAAAAUAUAUUGAUGAAGAGGGUUAUUUAAACAGAAUAUUAAAAAUUUGUGGACUGGUAAAUAUUACCGUUUUUA